CACCUCCCCUUCCUCCCGGCGCCCUGAGCCCGAGCGGAGCUGUAGCCUGAGCCCAACCGGGAGCCCGAGCCCAAGGCUGCUGCCCAGCGCUGCCCGUUUGGCAGGAUGUCGGUGAAGGAUGGCGCCCAGCGCAAGUGGGCGGCACUGAAGGAAAGGCUGGGCCCCGCGGAUGCGGACCCUGCAGAGGCCAACCUGGAGAGCGCGGGCCCGGAGCUCUGCAUCCGGCUGCUGCAGAUGCCGUCUGUGGUCAACUACUCGGGGCUGCGCAAGCGUCUGGAGAGCAGCGACGGCGACUGGAUGGUGCAGUUCCUGGAGCAGAGUGGCCUGGACCUGCUGCUCGAGGCCCUGGCGCGCCUGUCGGGCCGGGGUGUGGCCCGCAUCUCGGAUGCGCUGCUCCAGCUCACGUGCAUCAGCUGCGUGCGUGCCGUCAUGAACUCCCAGCCCGGCAUCCAGUACAUCCUCAGCAACCAGGCCUACGUGCGCCAGCUGUCCCAGGCCCUGGACACAUCCAACGUGAUGGUGAAGAAGCAGGUAUUCGAGCUGCUGGCGGCCCUCUGCAUCUACUCCCCCGAGGGCCACACCCUGGCCCUGGACGCCUUGGACCACUACAAGACCGUCUGCAGCCAGCAGUAUCGCUUCAGCGUGAUCAUGAAUGAACUGGGCGACAGCGACAAUGUGCCCUACGUGGUCACCCUGCUCAGUGUGGUCAACGCCAUCAUCUUGGGCCCCGAGGACCUGCGUACCCGCACCCAGCUGCGCAGCGAGUUCGUGGGGCUGCAGCUGCUGGACAUGCUGACGCGGCUACGAGACCUGGGGGACGCGGACCUGCUGAUCCAACUGGAGGCCUUCGAGGAGGCCAAGGCUGAGGACGAGGAGGAGCUGCUGCAGGCGUGUGGGGGCGUCAACAUGAACAGCCAUCAGGAGGUCUUUGCCUCUCUGUUCCACAAGGUGAGCUGCUCCCCAGCUUCUGCGCAGCUGCUGUCAGUGCUGCAGGGGUUGCUGCACCUGGAGCCGGGUCUGCGGGGCGGCCAGCUGCUGUGGGAGGCCCUGGAGGGGCUGGUGAAUCGCGCAGUCCUCCUGGCUUCUGACGCCCAGGACUGCAGCCAAGAGGACCUGCUGGAGCGACUACUGGCCAGCAGGGGGCGGCAGCGGCCCAGAGCCCUGGGCAGGGUCCACAGGAGCGUCCAGGCUGACAUGGGCCAGCACCCAAGAGACAAACCCCCUGCCAGCACAGACACUCUGAGGGCUGGAGGGACAGCACCAUCCCCUCCACCACUGCCAGGCCAGGGGGUCUCACUGCCCCCAGCACCCCCACCCCCUCCACCACUGCCAGGCCAGGGGGUCUCACUGCCCCCAGCACCCCCACCCCCUCCACCACUGCCAGGCCAGGGGGUCUCACUGCCCCCAGCACCACCACCCCCUCCACCACUGCCAAGCCAGGGGGUCUCACUGCCCCCAGCACCCCCACCCCCUCCACCACUGCCAGGCCAGGGGGUCUCACUGCCCCCAGCACCCCCACCCCCUCCACCACUGCCAGGCCAGGGGGUCUCACUGCCCCCAGCACCCCCACCCCCUCCACCACUGCCAGGCCAGGGGGUCUCACUGCCCCCAGCACCCCCACCCCCUCCACCACUGCCAGGCCAGGGGGUCUCACUGCCCCCAGCACCCCCACCCCCUCCACCACUGCCAGGCUCAGGGUGCACAGUCCCACCCCCACCUGGCCCCCCUGCCCUGGGCAGCGUGGAGGACAUUAUAGUGGCCCAGGUAGACAGCGGUCUAGGCUCUGUGUGCACUCCCAGCCACCGGCUGGUGCACCCCCCCACCCUGCGCAUGAAGAAGCUCAACUGGCAGAAACUGCCUUCCAGCGUGGCACGAGAGCACAGCUCCAUGUGGGCCUCGAGAGGAGGCCAGCCCCUGGAGCCAGAUCUCAGCAGCAUCGAACGCCUUUUCUCCCUGCCGGCCGCCAAGCCCCGGGAGCCUGCAGCCCCCACCAGGAGAGAACCCCGAGAGAUCACCUUCCUGGACUCCAAGAAGAGCCUGAACCUCAACAUCUUCCUCAAGCAGUUCAAGUGCUCCCAUGAGGAGCUCACAGCCAUGAUCCAGGCAGGGGACACAUCCCGAUUUGAUGUGGAGAUUCUCAAGCAGCUCCUCAAGCUACUACCAGAGAAGCAUGAGACCGAGAACCUGCGAGCCUUCACGGGAGAGCAGAGCAAGCUGGCCAGUGCUGACCGCUUCUACCUUCUGCUGCUGGCCAUUCCCUGUCACCAGCUGCGGGUGGAGUGCAUGCUGCUGUGUGAGGCCUCCUCUGUCUUGUUGGACACGGUGCAGCCCAAGGCCCAGCUGCUGCUGGCCGCUUGUGACAGCCUGCUCACUAGCCAGCAGCUGCCCAUGUUCUGCCAGCUCAUCCUGAAAAUUGGGAACUUCCUCAACUACGGCAGCCACACAGGGGACGCCGAAGGCUUCAAGAUCAGCACACUGCUUAAGCUCACAGAGACCAAGUCCCAGCAGAGCCGGGUGACGCUGCUGCACCAUGUGCUGGAGGAGGUGGAAGAGAGCCACCCGGCCCUGCUGCAGCUGCCCGAGGACUUGACGCUGCCCUCUCAGGCCGCAGGGAUCCACCUGGAGUCCCUGCGUUCUGAGCUGGACACCCACCUGCAGAAGCUAAGGCAGAUGGUGCGUAGGGUGGGAACCUCUGAGCCUGAGGUGCAGGAGCAGUACACCCAGCGUCUGCAGGCCAGCCUGGAAGCCUCCCAGAAGCUGGCCAUGCUGUUCGAGGCUAUUGAGCAGAAGAGGCUGGAGCUGGCUGCCUAUCUAUGCGAGGACCCCAGGCAGCUGUCCCUGGAGGACACCUUCAGCACUAUGAAGGCCUUCCGCGACCUCUUCACCCGGGCCCUGAAGGAGAACAAGGACCGGAAGGAGCAGAUGGCCAGGGCUGAGCGCAGGAAGAAGCAGCUGGCUGAGGAGGAGGCACGGAGGCCACGGGGCAAGGACGGGAAGCCGGUCAGGAAGGACGUCGGGAAACAGGAGGAGGUGUGUGUCAUCGAUGCACUGCUGGCUGACAUCAGGAAGGGCUUCCAGCUGAGGAAGACAGCCCGUGGGCGCGGUGACACAGAGGGGGCCAGCAAGAUGGCCGCGGCAGAGCCCCUCAGAGACACUGCUCCUGCAGCUACCUGUGAUCCUGGAGGAGCUCCCAGGGGCCACAACCUGGAUGCCACUACGGACAGGGAGCCCUGGGACUGGGACCUGGCAGACGCUGCAGCCCCCAGCCCCCAGCCCAGUGGGGACUCCUCAGAUAGGCGGUCCUCCUGGUAUGAGGAUGCCAGUGAGGUCCUGGUUCCUGAAGACGCCUGGCCAGUGAUACUGGGCAGUGACCAGGCCCUGAGAAACCUCAGCUUCUCCCAAGACAAGCCCCCCACAGCCCCACGGGGUGUCUCCCAGCCAGACACGGAUGGCACUGGCCAAGACCCUGAGGACACCAAUGCCACAGGCCCCAGCAGGAACGAAGAUGAGGAUACUGCCCCAGAUUCAGCGUUCGACAUAUCCCUGGACCAGUCCCUCUCUGAGGACGCAGUGACUGACUCCUCAGGGUCUGGCACGCUCCCCAGGUCCCGGGGCCGGGGCUCCAAGGGGACAGGCAAGCGGAAAAAGAAAAGGCCCUUGAGGUCCCAAGAAGGCUGCAAGCCCAAGCCCAGAGCCCAGUGAACAGCCCUGCUGGGUGGCAGGGCCGGAUUCCACACUUGGUGCCUUACUGCGGGAACCUCCGGAGCAGGCACCUCUGCCCCUCCACAGGCGCCCCUCCACCCCUGCACACCCGCUGCUCUCCCCAUGCCCCUCCUGCCUCAGCACCCACACUGAGGGGCAGACCCUGCCCCCCACCCUCAGAGCUGUGUCCCACCCUUCUGGGUGGCUGAGGAACCUCUGAGAGCCUUCUUUGGGGUGCAGUGGGAAGCAGGGCCCUGAGAGGGGGCAGACUAGCAGCCCCCCCAUACCCCCGCAGGCCAUCUCUCCACCAUGACCUGACUCAGCACUGGCCAUCAAGCUGUCCCACUCUAGGGGCCAGCUGCCCCAAACAGAGGGCUGCAUCCUGUCCUCACUCUCCAUGGGUGUCCCACUGGUCACAGUGAAUAAAGAGCUGACCUGA